AUGCCUCCAACCGAUAAGUCAUCAUCGUCGUCCGCUAAGGAUGACAUAAGAGGCCAGUUGUCAGAUAUACAAAGAAAAUUAUUCAGUAGAUCGUCGUCAAAACAAUCGUCUCCUGUCCACCAAAAUGCUGCCAGAACUGUAACUGGCAAACGUACAAUAUCAACUUCAUCAGACCAAGAGAACUUAGCACCCCAUUUCCCGCCUCCAAAGUUGGGUUCUCCUGUGGGCAGAUCAUUGACUCCUCCUGCUGCUUCUGGUGCUGGUGCUGCCGCCGCUGAUUUGGGAACUUCAAGUAGUAGCCGUACUGGUAGUCCGCGUUCCGCCAGCAGCAGCAGCAAGAAAUCACAUCACCAUGGGUCUCCAUUGACUAUGAUUCAACCAUCUUCGCCGCAAACUAAAAGUUUGCUAGGUCCUGAAUCUAAGGGGAAUGACGUGAAUUUUGUAGUUGGUUUGAGCGAAAAUUUGUUGAGCGAAUGUCGUCGAUUAACAGCUGAAAAUGCAAAAUUGAAACCAAAAUUAAAACUGGCUUUAGAAGAAAUUCAAACUUUCAAAGAUGAGAUAUUCGAAUUGAAACAUUAUAAGGAAUUCCAAGCCACCAAUGAAAACCAACUCAAGGACAAGAAUUGGGAAUUGGAAGCCACAGUCAACAACUUAAACGACCAAAUCAACCAAUUGAAUCAGGAGAAUUCUAAACUUGCUGGUAAGAAUGACGAAUUGUCCACCGAAUUAGCCAAUGUAAAUAAACAACAUGAUAAAUUAAACGUAACGAAUGAAUCUUUAAUCAAAAAUUUGAAUGACUUGCAACUUAAUUAUCAAGCUCAGAUUACUAAUUUAAACCAACGAAUUGAUGCUUUGAAUGACGAAAAUGACCAAUUGCAUUUGAAAUUAACUGGACCUGACCAAUCAACUUCUACAGACUCAGUCAAGGCCACAGCCAAGAAUGAUCCAUGGCUUAACUUGGAUGAUUCCACCAAUGGUGGUGAUGACGGUGCCAAUGACAUGACAUUUGAUUCCAUAUUGUUGGAAUUAGAAGCUCACGAUUUACCACCUUCCAAUCCUUCCAAUCCCCAAUUGGAAAUUGAGACGUUAAGGUCCACUUUACAACAUUCAAACAGAACAAUUGCCAAGUUGAGAUCGUCAAUUCUUAAAAUGAAACGGGAAGAUUUGCAAUCAACCCCAUCCCCAACUAAACUGAGCCUUCGAUUCAGAAAAUCAAGAAAUGAAGUACAACCAUUGGGAACAUCUUCAAAUAGAAAUUCCAUGAUUUCACCCAAAAAGCGUGACUCGAAGUUUUUGAUUACUGCUGAUGAAGAUACUUCGUUCACCGAAUUCCCAACUGAAGGUGGAGAAUGGGAUGAUUUUAUCGAAGAUAUUCCUUCUACUACCAAGAAGAGUAUAAGCCCGGUAAGAACGAAUGCAAGUCCAGUAAGAAGUAAUGUAUUGUCAGAUGUACCUCAAUUGGUUGAGUCUGAAGGAGAGGAAGAAGACACCACUAUUCAAAGAAAGCCAACAAUAUUAUCGAAGGAACUCUCGACGAAAUCAAUCGAAGAACAGAUUCAAGAAUAUGUAAAGGCUAAUAAUUUGAUUUUAAUACCAGUUGACCAGUACACUGAUUUAUCCAAUAAUUCCAUUACAACAUUAACGAAUGAUAAAAUUGUUAACCUUGCCAAGGCAAAGGGUUAUCACGUUUUGUCUCAAGCUGAUUAUGAAGAAUUAGUAAAUGAAGAAGAAAUGAAGAAGAAGUUGGAAGCUAAGGGAUUGAUAACGAUACCUCAAGAUGAUUUGACUAAACUCAAACAUGAUUUGGAUUCACCAUCAGUGUAUUUGAAGGAAAAGGCAAACUCAUUAGGAUUGAUCAUGGUAUCAUCUGAAUUAUACGAUGAAGUGGUUAAGAAUGCGAACGAACCAACAGUUGAACAUAUAACUUCAAAGGCUAAAGAUUUAAAUUUACAUGUUGUACCUAACGAAGACUAUGAAAAGUUGACAAAUCCAACCAUUGAAGAUCUUUCUCACCAUGCCGAAAAGCACCAAUCAAAGGUAAUUUCAACCAAUGAAUACGAAGGUUUAAUCAACCCAUCCGCACAAGCAGUGGAAGAGCAUGCAACUAAACACAACAUGAAGGCAAUUACAAUUGAUCAAUUGACCUCUCUUGAAACCUCAAUUGCCAAACCAACCUUGGAAUAUUUAAAAACUCAUGCCCCAAAUUAUAACCAUCAAAUAAUUGAUACUGAAGAAUUAGCCAAAUUGAAUAAAUUAGCUAAUGAACCAAGUUUACAACAAGUUAAAUUACAUGCUGAUAAGCAUGACUUGGUAACGUUAUCCAAACCAGAAUAUACCGAAUUAUUUAAAAUGGCCAAUGAACCAACUGUUGAAAAUCUCACCACCAAAGCCAAUGAUAAAGGAAUGACUGUAAUUAAGACUUCGGAGUACCAAACAUUGACUAAUCCUACAGUUGAACAACUUAGAGAUAAAGCUGGUGGGUUCCAUCAUGCUGUUAUUGAUAAUGACCAGUUGCAAGCAUUGAAGGAAAUGGUAGAUACUCCAGAUAUUGAACAUAUUACUUCUAAAGCUCAAGCUAUGGAUUAUAAAGUGGUGGCUAAUUCUGAAUAUACAAAGUUGCAUCAACGUGCCACUAACCCAACAUUGAACCAAGUCAAUGAAAUGGCACAAGCAUUGAACCAAUCUGUUAUUCCAACCACACAAUUGAAUGAUUUGAAUCUGUUGGCUCAUGAACCUACAAUUGAACAUUUACAAUCGAUGGCAGAAAAGAAAAACCACACAUUAAUUUCAAAGGAAAGCUUUGAGAAUUUGAAUAAAUUAGCUCAUGAACCUGAAAUUGACCAUUUGACAAAACUAGCAAGUGAUAAGCAACAUGUAAUAAUACCACAACUGACUCAUGAUGAAUUAUUGAAUCCAUCGAUUUAUGUUGUUUCUCAGAAGGCUCAAGAAUUGGGACAUGUUGUUGUACCAGAACUGGAAUUGGUCGAAUUAACUACUAAAGCUAAUGAACCAAGUCGAGACCAUCUUGCUGCUAAGGCUAAGAAUAUUGGAUGCUCAAUAAUUGAUGAUUCUGAAUUGGAAGAUUUAACAACUCGCGCUGAACGACCAGAUUUGGAAUUAAUCAAGAACCAUGCAACUACAUUAAACCACAGCGUUAUUUCAAACCAAGAAUUACAGGAGUUGAAGAAGACAGUUGAUUCACCAAGUGUAGAUCAUAUCAUUGCCAAAUCAAAAGAUCUUGGAUAUAUUGCCAUCCCUCAAGAGCAGCACGAAGAAUUGACCAAAUUGGCUUAUGAGCCAUCAGUAGAUACCGUUAAGGAACAUGUAAGCAAACAUGGAUUAGUUGCUAUCCCAGUACAAGAACAUGAAAAGUUGAAACAAAUUUCAGAAACACCUGACAUUGGCUUUAUUAAAGAAAAGGCAAGUAUGUUAGAUUCUGUAGUAGUGCCAGAUAAAGAAUUCGCUAAUCUUCAAACCUUGGCCAACAAUCCACCACUCGAUCAUUUGAAAUCAAAGGUUGAAACCCAUGAUCAUAUAAUUAUUCCUGCUUCGGAAUUGAAUGAAUUGAAAUCUUUAAUUGCUAGCCCAUCACUUGAGUACAUGCACGAAAAGCUGGAAGCUCAAAACAUGAAACUUGUACCAGUUGAUGAAUUUAAGAGUCUUUUAGACAUAGCACAUAACCCAAGCACAUCACAUUUGGAAUCGAAACUCAUGAAUUUAGGAAUGGCAAUGAUUAGUGUGAGUGCACUUCUGGAAUUGAAACAUAAGCUUGCCGAGCCAAGUGAAGAAUAUUUACGAGAGAAGGCUAACUCAAGACAAUUGCAGGUGGUGCACAAUGAUGAAUUAGCUAGAUUACACCAUGAAUUAAAUGAACCUUCUGACGAAUACUUAAAGAACAAAUCAGAAGCCCGUGGUUUACAAUUGGUACCUAGCGAGGAAUUAGCUAGAUUACAUCACGAGUUGGAAGAACCUGCAGAUGAAUAUUUGAAGACUAAAUCAGAAGCCCGUGAAGAUUUAAAACGUAUGGAACAUGAAAUUAAUGAACCAAAUAUUGAGUAUUUGACUAACAAGGCUCAUUCCCACCAAAUGAACUUGAUUCCCGUUGACGAAUUGACUAAGAUGAAGCAAACCAUCGAAUCGCCUGCUGAAGAGCACUUAGCCACCAAAGCCCAAUCUAAGGGAUUGCAACUUGUGAAGAAUGAUGAUUUGGAAACCAUGAAGAACACGAUCGAAAAUCCAAGUGUUGAGUUCUUAACUGAACAGGCAUCUGCUAAGGGAAUGUCAGUAAUUGAUACAAGGGAAUAUGUUCUGUUGAAGCAAGAUUUGGAGCAACCAACUCACGAAUACUUAUCAAGGAAGGCGCAACAACAAGGAAAGCAAAUAGUUGAAGAUAAUGAAAUGGAACUGUUAAAGAAAUUGGCACAUGAUCCUGAAAUUGACCAUAUCAAGAAUGUUUGUUCCAAUAAGGGACUUGUCGUGUUACCUACAGCUGAACACAAGAAAUUAGUUGAACAAGCGUCUAACCCAGAUAUUUCUCAUAUUACCAAAGUUGCUUCGAAGAGAGAUUUGGUGGUAUUACCUGUGGUCGAGCAUAAAGACAUUGUUGAGAGAUCCACCAAUCCUGAUGUUUCUCACAUUGAAACAGUGGCUGCUAAACGAAACCAUAAGGUUGUUCCUAAUAUGGAAUAUGAUAAGUUAAUUCAUAAGGCAGAGAAGUCAUUGGAGGAACAUGCUAAACAGGAAGGAAAGGAAGUUAUCGCCACUAAGGACUUGCAAGACCUCAAAGAUGGGAUUGAAAAUCCUACCUUAGAAUACAUGAAAGAAUGUUGUAGAAAGCAUUUGCACAAGCUUGUUCCAGAAGAAGAAUACAGUGCUCUACAAGUUAAAGCUAACAGACCAGUUGAAGAGAUUGCAAGGGAAUCUGGAUUGGCUGUGCUCCCAUCUGAGAAAUUACAAGAGCUCGAAAGAAAUGUCGAAUCUCCAACUACUGAGUACAUCACCAAUAAAGCUGCAAGCUUAGGUUUAGUGGCUAUUGCAGCUAAGGAAUACAGUAAUCUUACGAAUUAUUUUAAGAAACCUAUAGAGGAAAUUGCUAAUGACAGCAACAAAGUUGCAGUUGAAACUACGGAAUACCAACGUUUGAUCACUCAACUGAACGAACCAUCAUUAGAUCAUAUUCGUUCUGUGGCCCAGAAGCAUAACCAUGUACCUAUACCUAAAGAAGAAUACGAAGGCUUGACCAAGAACACUCAGGAUCCUGAUUUGACAUUUGUAGAAACUAAAGCUAAUGAUAAAGGUUACAAAUUAAUUGAACAAAAUGCAUAUGACGACAUGCUUGAAAAGGUUAAUAGACCUAUAGAAAUAACGGCUAAAGAAUUGGGAUUAAGUGUGGUUCCAAUCCAAGAACUCGAAGACUUGAAAACACAGUUGCAAUCACCUUCUGAGGAUUACUUGCAGGAAAAAGCAAAGUCGCUCGAUGCUGUGGUUGUAUCAACUAACGAAUUAAAUUCACUAAAGGAAUUGGUCAACGAACCAUUGGAACAAAAAGCUGGUGCUGUGGGUAUGGCUGUUGUAGCAAGUGGUAAACUUGCUGAAUUAGAAGAAGUAUAUAACAACCCAACAAUUGAGUUUUUGAAGAAAAAGAUAUCUGAGCUUGGUUUUGAAAUCAUUGAAGCGAAAGAUUUGGAUAAUUUAAGACAAGAAUCGACCGAUCCAUCCAUUGAGAGAAUUAAGCUCCAUGCCGAAAAUAAGGAGAAUUCAGUGAAACUUGUACCACUUGAAGAUUUCGAACAAAUGGAAAAGUUGGCCAAGGAAUCACUAGAAGAAAAAGCAGAAAAGGAAGGUAAGAAGGUAGUAGAUGUAGAUAAAUGGGAAAAGAUAUAUCAAGAUGCUACUAAUCCUUCACUUGAACAAAUUUCUAAAUGUGCUAAACAAAAAUCAUCUGUGGUGAUACCUGAAGAGCAAUACAUUGCUAUGACCAAGGAAUUAGAAACACCAAUUGAAAAUAAAGCUGAAUCUGUUGGUUUGAAAGUAUUACCAUUGGCAAUAUUUGCUGAUUUGAUGAAGCACAAGGAAUCACCUUCACUUGAAUUCCUCAAGGACAAAUCUAGUUCUAGUGGACAUGAAAUUGUUGAAAAAUCACACCUUGAACAUUUG